GUCCGGUGGUUCCGGCUACAGGGAGAUGCCGAGCUUCAACUAGCAGACUGUUUGGGCGAUCUGGCAUUGAUUUAUAUUCUCGUCCAGGAAUUUACCUCAACGGUUCCGUUAUCUAUGACCAUACAGGAGCAGUGGCUGCUGAAAAGAAACAUGAUAUCGCUGAUAUAGUCGGUACAGUUGCCCUACUGAAAGACGACGAAUCUGUGAUGCUUUUGUGUUAUAGUGGAGAUCGCGUAUUGGCUCCCUACGAGGAUAAUAGGGUGGUAGAUGUUUACAAGAAGUUUGGCGAUCCGAUACCGGAGGAGUGUGGAUCGUAUGAAAAAAUGUUGGAAAAGAUUCGAAGAGAAAAUUUGCCAAUUCAUGUGAUGCAUGUGAUGUCGCUGGUAGAUCCGAUGGCGGAAGACAUGAGUAAAAGGUUGGAGGAUUUUGCAAAAUGUAUGGGUUGUGUGGCUGCACAGUCGGUUUCGAUGGCAAUGGAUAUCGUUCCGCGAGGAGUCAGCAAAGGAUUAGGCGUGAAAGUUUUGAAGGAGAAAUAUGGAUAUGCUUGCCUUGCAUGUAUCGGAGAUGCGAUGAACGAUUAUGAUAUGCUAAUUGAGGCGGACGUUCCCGUUGCAAUGGGAAAUGCUAUAUCUCAAAUAAAGGUAGUGUAA